UGUUGCUGGCUCCUCCGGACGCGUUGAUCUCACACAGCGCCGAGAAGCGGCAGAGCGGAGUGUGUCUGUGAAUCGCUCCCAAGUGCACUCAGACCACACCAGGCACGGCACGGCACGGCUCGGUGCACGGAGGGGACGCACACUUCAGGAGCGAAACGCGUUGGAAGGACUUAAAGCAAAAAGGCGCUUCCCAUGCGAGACCCAGAACCGGCAGCGGGCGGAGGAUGCUGUCAAGCCGCUCCGGGGUCGUGGAGUGCGGGUAGUGCGGGUACUGCACGCCGCGCGUAAACGGGCGCUCCGGUUCUCCGGUGCCUGCAGGGUUGGAGACCCGUCUUUGUGGACUCCCUCUUGACUUUUGGCUCCGUGCUGCCCAGCAAAAGAUUUUGAAGGACAUCAGUGGACAGUAUUUCUUUGAAAGAUAUUUUUCUCUCCUCAAAAGCUACAAAGGUAGUUUGAACCGAACGGCUCCAAUUGGACUUUUUUUCUUUUUUCUUGUUUCAAGUAUGGGACCUUAUACAAAAACCAAAAAGUCGCAGUGGAACAUUUGACAUUGGACUGGAAUAAUGAAUUAGUUGACAUAAAAUUGUUCUAUUCCCUUUUUUUGAUCCCUCCAAAUCCGCGCUCUCCCAUUUGGAUUUUUAGUUUUUUUUUGGCGACAUGUUUUUGUGCCUUUUGAAGAAAUGCGCACAGAUAAACUUUGGAUUAUGGUAGGUCUUCCGUGCAGCAAGUUAAUUACCAAUGUUUUGUAUUUGUUUGCUUAGUCGAAGACAAAUACAAGAGCAGUUAAGAGCACGAUAUAAUACGGGAACAGGGGACACAGUUUAGGUGCGUAUUUGGAGACAGUCUGUCCUCCAGCUCUCUUCUCCGCGUCCUUAGAGAAGUGAAAAAACACAAAAAAAAAACAAUUGAUUCGCAAUGAGAACUUAUUUGGUGAGUUUAAACAGUUCAAUAAUUCUAGUAGGCUGAUACAACCAUUUGACUAGUCCUUGUAAAGCCUAUCUUGCUUUUUUUCUUUUUGGGGACAGACGGAAAAAACCGACCGAUGUCUGGCAGACUGGCCGUCAUGUGGGAUUGAUUGCAGGGAGUAUGUUUGGGCUGGAGCAGUUUGGUUCUCAGAUUAAUAGCAGAAACCCUGGCCAGUCAGAGAGAAACAUAAACCAACCGAGGCUAAACAUGGGCUCGCAUUAUAAAGGACCGGGUUUUCACGCUGGAGGCCCGCCGGGGGCCGUGGAGCCCGGCAUGGGCCCCCUGAACGAGCCGCAAAUGCUCGGGCUCAAUAUGAACAUGAACGGAGAGCAGUACGGGGGCUUCCACCCGCGGGGCCACUCGGACAUGCACGCAGGCGCCGGGCUCCAGCAGCAGCAAGGACCCAUGCAUGGAUUUUUUAACAACCAGCAACCUCAUCAAGGACAUCCUCACGGCCAUCACCCCCACCCGCCUCACCCUCAUUUCAGUGGGAGUUUUGGAGGCCCGGAGCCCGGCUCGUCAUGCCUGCAUGGGGGCAGGCUAAUGGGCUACAACAACAAUGGCAUGGGACCACAGCAGGGCUUCGGAGAAGGAUUUGAUCCUCUCGCUGAGGGGCAGGCCGGGGACGGCUUUCCCCAGCAGCAGCAGCAGCAGCAGCGGCCUGGGAACAUGCCUGACUUUCAACAUCACGGGCCUCCCAGUGGCAGCCACGCAGUCCCCGCUCCCUGUCUCCCCCUGGACCAGUCGCCCAACAGAGCAGCAUCCUUCCACGGCCUCCCUUCCUCCUCAUCCUCCUCCUCCGAGUCUCACGGCUUGGAGCCUCGGCGCAUGCCCAACCAGGGUGCUGUCGACGGACUAGAGUAUAACUUCCCAAGUGAGGCUCCAUCUGGACAUUUUGAUGUACAUGUAUUUUCCCCAUCAGAAUCAGAAUCUCAGUUGCCCCAUUUUGGGACAGGGAGGCCAGUUCCCGGUGGUAAUUUCCCAGGGAACCCCGGCAUGCCACGGACAACAGGUAUGCCGGGCAUCGCUAAGGGCCACCAGCCGCCUCCGCAGCCCCAGCAGCCUCAGCAUGGAGUGUUUUUUGAGCGUUUUGGAAACGGCCGGAAGGUGCCCAUGGGAAUGGAGCCGGGGGUCAACGGAAGACAUUCUCUCAUGCAGCAGCAGCAGCAACAACAGGCUGGUUUAAUAGCCAGGCAGAAUUCAUGCCCCCCUGGCCUCCCCCGACCCCCUCAGGCUGAGCCUGGCUCCAAUAACCCCAACAUUCUGGACGGAGGGGUCAUGAUGCCUGGCCAACACAACCAGUUUGAGUAUCCCAUUCACAGACUGGAAAAUAGGGGUCUGCACCCCUAUGGGGACCCCAUGUUUAAUAUGCAACAACCCGCUCCCCCUCCCUCCCAACAGCCCCCGAACCAGAGGCUGCAACACUUUGACUCUCCCUAUAUGAACAUGGCGAAAAGGCCAAGGUUUGACUUUCCCAAUGCACAUGGCGGUGAAGGCUGGUGUGCUGGUGGUGGGAUGGAAAACCACCUCUCUCCCUCUGCCUACCCCGGCCUGUCUGGAGAGUUCACCCCACCUGUGAACGAAGGUUUCCCCCCAGGUCCGCUGCAGCACCCGGGGCCUGAGCAGCAGUCUCUGCAGCAGCGGCAGAACGCAGCCAUGAUGAUCAAACAGAUGGCCUCUCGCAACCAGCAGCAGAGGAUGAGGCAGCCCAGUCUGCAGCAGCUGGGUCACCACGGAGACGUGCCCCCUGGCCCAAUGGCUCACGGGGGCCCGGUGGGGAGCAUGCCUCAACCCAACUUUGACAGGGAGAAUGUCGGCAGGAUGAACAUUGAUGGACAAAAUCCUCAUGUAGCUCAGGAGAACUCCUGGUUCCAGGGUUCCCACCCACCAGGGGAGAUGAUGUCACGGCGUAUGGGUGGAGCGGGCAAUGAGACUGGGCCUCACGACAUGGGCCUGCAGCAGAACGGGGCUGGGAUGAUGUUUAGGCCAGGCAUGGGCAUGCAGGAGCCCAUGAGAAUACCAGGAGACGGACAUGUACAGGCUCUCCAUUCCCCGGGCAUGCACUCACAAUUCAACGUGGGCAACAUCUCUCAAAUGCAGUCUCCAGGAGCGGGGACGGGGCACCCGAAUGCACCGGCGGAUAGGCGACCGGCUGAGUUCCCCGCACCCCCAAUUGGUGCACAGCCAACGUUCCCCUAUGGAGGGGGUAACCGUCAGGGGCCGGGCCACAGUGCUCCCCAGGGGGUGAACACCUCACCAGGGAGCUACCCGCCUCAGUCUGAGUUCCCUCCAGGCCAGCGGUCGUCUGUUAGUAAGCUGGGGGCUCUGUCCCUCGGGAACUUCAGCAAAACCAGCACUAAAGACAGUGUUUUCGGCCAGAGCUGCCUGGCGGCUCUUUCCACGGCCUGCCAGAACAUGAUCGCUAGCCUAGGGGCCCCCAAUCUUAACGUAACAUUCAACAAGAAGAACCAAAAUGAGGGCAAGCGAAAACUGAGUCAGACGGAGCAGGACAUUAAUAGCAGCACGUCGAAUGGGACUGGCAGUGCUGGAGCUGAAUACUUUCAGAGCAGCGCUUCCCAGAACAGCCAGAUGCCUGGCACCGGGAAUAGCAACUCAAAGCCUCCGAGUCAAAGCCAGCCGGUGCAGGGGGAAGCCAGUGCCCUCUCCCCAAACUACAACAUGGACGCUACCCCGUGCAGUGAGGGGAAGGCAACAACAGGGAGUGGGAGAGGGAGAGGGAGGAGAAAAAGAGACAGCGGACACGUGAGCCCUGGAAUUUUUUUUUCCCCUGACAAUGGUAACCCUGUUGUAAGUCCAGGCCAGCAGACCCCCUCAGCUGGCGUUGGGGAGAGGGGUGGGGGAACGCCCCAUGAGAAACACCUCCAGUCACCCUCUUGGGGGAAAGGAGGCGACCUAAUGUUGGGGGACCAGGCCGACCUGAUGUCUUCUUUGGACAGUGGCAUCCAAAGUGUCGCCAAAUCUGACAGCAGCUCGCCGCGAGUGGACUUUCCGGACGACGUCAGCACCCACUACGGCAACGAGGACGAGGUUUCGUCCAGCUCGGACGCUGCGGGGGCCUCGGCCAACAAGCCCAAUCGCAGCCCUAUGAUCACCGGCUCGCCCAAGAUGCAAAGGAGCGAGCUCGGGUUGAUAAAUGGACAGAAGCCCCUCGGCAUGGGCAUUGCCAAUCACACUACCUCGACGCCAGACAGCUACGGACUCGGUGCUGGCGGUGGGGCCACCAGCGGGGUGAGCCACCCGGGCACUCCCGGGGUGGAGCAGGUACGCACACCAUCCAGCACCUCUGGCCAGGACGAAGUCCACCCUCUGGAGAUCCUGCAGGCCCAGAUCCAGCUACAGCGCCAGCAGUUCAGCAUCUCCGAGGACCAGCCCCUGGCCAUGAAAAAUGGCAAAAAGAACGGCGACUGUCCGUCCCAGAACGGAGACAAUGAGUUGGCGAGCUGCAGCCCGGAUGCUGGGAAGGGCUCAAUGGGCACUAUUGACCUUGACACCCUCAUGGCGGAGCAGCACGCCACCUGGUACGUGCCCGGGGACAAGGCCAUGAUGGACGGGUCGGAGGAUGACAAGGCCAUGGGACCAUGGGAAAAAAACAAGAGCCAAAACAACAGCAAAGAAGAAUCGGACCUGUCCCAGAGUAAAGCUGGAACCGGGGCCCCGGGACCCGGGGCCGGGGGGACCAGCGGAGGGAACCACCUGCAGUGCCUGUCCGUCCACUGCACAGACGAGCUGGGGGACAGUAAGGGCCGAGGGGGGCCCGUCUCGUCCUGGCGCUCGCUCCACUCCGACAUCUCCAACCGGUUUGGGACGUUUGUGGCGGCACUGACUUGAACGGAGCGCCGGCCCAGCAGGAAGGAGACAAGAAGAAGAUGAUUAGGACAUUAAGACGAAGACAAGCUUCAGAGACAAAUAACGACGAGAAGGAGGCUGACGAUGACGAUGACGAUGAUAAAGUGGCAACUGCGAGCAGCUCCUGCCUGUUCAGGGACAGAAAGACAUUUACACUCAU